AUGUGGCCCUCCUCACUGCUGUCCUGGGCCCUUUUGGGCGGACUCGUGGCCGGUCAAGCACCUGCCAGGUUCACACCUUCGGUCUCCAAGCACCUCAAUGUUGUGUAUGGGAGCAAAGCCGUGAAGCCACCUGGAACAAGCUUCACCAAAGCCGAGACGGCCCGGAUCCCCACCUUUGGGCUAAACGAGACACUGACGGGCACAUAUCUCUUCAUCAUGAUCGAUCUCGACGUUCAGCUCGGGACCGGCGGCGCCAGGCAGCCCCUCCUCCACGCCAUGAUCCGGGACGUCAAGGCCACGGGGCAGACCCACGCCGGUGGCUUCGCCAUCCUCGGCUCCACCCAGAACGGCCCGUCGAGCUACUUUGGGCCCUCGCCGCCGGCCGAGCGGCCCCCCUACCCGCACUCGUACGUGUUCCUGCUGUACGAGCAGCCGGCCGGCUUUGCCGUGCCCGCGAGCCAGCGCCAGACGGUGUCGUCGCGCUUCAACUUCAACAUGGCGGCCUUUGCGCAGGCCGCCAACCUCACCGUCCCCCUGGCGGGCAACUACCUCAACGUCACGGGUGUCUAG